GCAGGCCCCCCAGCGAGCAAAGCAUCCAGUCUUAGAGAGACCAUCAUCUGUUGAGUGUGGGACAGUGUGAACUCCCCAGAGGGGCGUGACAAGGAAACCGGGGCAGCGCCCGGCCGAACCUGACACCAGAACUUAGAACAAAAGAGAAGCAAACUAAAACCCAACCGCAAACUGGGCUAGAGAGUUGAUCAAAUGAAACAACAUAGCCACUUUUGUUGUUUUUUCAACGAAAGGGGAGGAAAAAUAGAACAGAGUCUUUGAGGAUUGAAAAGAAGGAGGGGGAACUCACCAGGAAGUUUCAGGGAAAAUAAUAAUAAUAAUUAAUAAUAAUAAAUAAUAAUAACAGCUCAGGGUGGUGACACAGGUUGAAGUAAACAUUGUGUUGUAGAGAACCGGGUGCGGCAAGCUCAGACGGCAUCAAGAUGUUGAAGGCUGCAUACAGUAGAAAAGUUGAGUAGAAGAAGACAUUGGAAGUCAAAACUGGCAGCAGGAAAAGCAGAACUUUCAGAAGAGGAGCGGCUGUCAAAACUGGGGUGUGUGCCUCCAUCGUAAGAUGGGGAAAGGAUUUGGAAAGUUGAUGCAGUCUUCCCAGGCUCUCUACAAGAUGCUAUUAUCCUCAGAAUGAUUGCCACCCUUCUCUAGUUCUUGAGACUUGGGCUCCUACCUUUCUGCAGGGGGCUUCAUACUGUCACUUGAGCUUGCCUGAAUGUUUUCCCUUUCUGGAUCUACCUACUGACCAAGCUGGCCUCCUUUUUCAAAUAAGGGGUUGGGAGGGUUCUGUGUGACCCUAUGCAGGCCAGGAAAAAAUACUUUUUCAUGACUUUCUUUGCCACUUGGCUUUUGAUCUUCUUAUUUGGAGGAGACCAAAUCAGACGCUUGGCCUUGUUCUCCGGCAAGAAAGCCGGAGUGCUGAAGAUCUGGCCCCACUGGGCGGAUGGUUUUCUCCUGAAGAGCUUUGCAGAUCCUGAAGAGCUCCAGGGAGACGAUGGAGACGCCGACAAGCAACCGCCCAAAGCCCGGCGAGAGUUGAGGCAGAGUAUUUACAAGAACAGCCGGUGCCGUAUGGAGACUUGCUUUGACUUUUCCCGGUGCAGGGAGCAUGGCUUCAAAGUCUUUGUCUACCCCUUGGAAAGAGGGGACCCUGUAUCAGAGAGUUACCUCAAAAUCAUCACAUCCAUUGAAGGCUCGCGGUAUUACACCUCCAAUCCCGAAGAGGCCUGCCUGUUUGUCCUAAACAUUGACACUUUAGAUAGAGACCAUCUCUCCGUUCAGUAUGUCCACAACAUCAAUGAAAAAAUCCAAGAUUUCCCUCUGUGGAACGAUGGCCGAAACCAUCUCAUAUUUAACCUUUAUUCUGGCACGUGGCCUAAUUACACGGAAGAUUUGGGCUUUGACAUUGGCCAGGCAAUCCUAGCCAAGGCCAGCUUUUAUGUGGAGAACUUCCGGCCCGGUUUUGAUAUCUCCAUCCCUUUGUUUUCCAAGGACCAUCCCCAGAAAGGUGGGGAGAGAGGGUGGCUGCAUAAGAGCACCAUCCCGCCUAAGAAAAAGUACCUCUUGGUUUUUAAAGGGAAAAGGUACCUGACGGGCAUUGGUUCGGACACCAGGAAUGCACUCCACCAUAUCCACAACGGCAAAGAUAUCAUUUCCCUUACCACAUGUAGACAUGGCAAAGACUGGGAGAAGCACAAGGACAAAAGAUGCGACAAGGAUAAUUCAGACUACGAAAAGUUUGAUUACCAGGAGCUUUUGCACAACUCCACUUUCUGCAUCAUUCCCCGAGGGAGGCGUUUGGGAUCCUUCCGGUUCUUAGAAGCAUUGCAGGCCGCUUGCAUCCCCGUGUUGCUGAGCAACGGCUGGGAGCUGCCGUUUUCGGAGGUGAUCGAUUGGAGCAAAUCAGCCAUCGUCGGGGAUGAGAGGCUGCUUCUGCAGAUUCCAUCUACGGUCCGAUGUCUCCACAGCGACAAGAUCCUGGCUUUCCAGCAGCAAACCCAGUUCCUGUGGGAAGCAUAUUUCUCCUCCGUGGAGAAGAUUGUGCAAACCACUCUGGAGAUAAUAAAGGACCGGAUAUUUCUUCAGGAAUCCCGGCCGAAGUUCUUCUGGAACGUGCUUCCCGGGGGGCUGUUGGCACUGCCGGAAUAUUCCACGCAUCUCCAUGACUUCCCUUUCUACUACCUGCAGCACGGAUCGAACCCUUCCAGCAAGUUUACAGCGUUCAUCCGGGCUGUCUCACCGGUCAUCUCCCUCUCCCAGCCCAUCCUGAAGCUCAUCCAAGCUGUCUCCAGGUCUCAGUACUGCGCUCAGAUUUUGGUUUUAUGGAGCUGUGAGAAGCCACCGCCACAGAGCACCAAAUGGCCUCAGACGUCAGUUCCUUUGACCGUCAUCCGUGGCAGCAACAGAGUGAGCGACCGGUUUUUGCCUUACUCAGCCAUUGGGACAGACGCGGUCCUGAGCUUGGAUGAACACACCAGCCUCUCGACUAGUGAGGUUGACUUUGCCUUCGUGGUAUGGAGAAAUUUCCCCGACCGGAUUGUAGGGUUCCCCAUGCGCAGCCAUUUCUGGGAUACCGGCAAGAGCCAGUGGAGCUACACCUCAAAGUGGACCAAUGAGUUCUCCAUGAUCCUCACCGCAGCUGCAUUCUACCACAGGUAUUAUCACAGCCUCUUCACCAAUUAUUUGCCUGCUACACUAAGGAGCCUCAUCGAUCAGUUCACCAACUGUGAGGACAUAUUGAUGAACUUCCUGGUUUCCGCUGUCACCAAGCUACCUCCCAUCAAGGUGACCCAGAAGAAACAGCUCAGGGAGAGCCCCCCACAGCAGCUACUGAAGAGCGCUCCCCCGUCCAACGGGAACCUCCACUUCUCUCAGCGCCAGGAGUGCGUCAACCAGUUCGCAGCCUGGUUUGGGUACAUGCCUCUGGUGCAUUCUCAGUUCCGCCUGGACCCCGUGCUCUUCAAAGACCAGGUGUCUGUGCUGCGGAAAAAGUACCGGCAUCUAGAGAGAGACUAGCCCGGGAAGGCAGCGAACCUCUACUUUGUCAGAGCAGAAGAGGCCGCCGCCAGAAGCAGCCUGCCCCCUACUGGACACCGGGAGCCCUGCAGCACGGCGGCAGAGCUUUGCUGCGAAUCUAGGGUCCCUCCGCGUAGUCGGUGAUACCACAGAGAUGCGGUUCACACCCGCUGCAUCAGAUUCCUCCUCGCUUUGGAUACCAAAAGGUGGAAACUCGUCUUGCUGGUAGCUGUGCAGAUGCCAGAUGAAUUUUCAGUCUUUAUUGGGUUUUACCAGUACAAAUAAAGGUUUGCAG